UCAUUCCUUUUAUAUUGUCACUCGUUUGUUGAAUCCUAAACUCCGGAAUGCCUAGCGAUAUUUUUCAACGCCAUUGACGACGCUUAUUUACACUGAGACUGUUCUCUUAGUUUUGAGCAUGUUAUUGAUCGCGAGGAGAGCUUUGGCCUCGGCGCAUAGUAAGGCUAUUCGUUUGACAACAAGGGAAGUUCAUUGCCUAAGCUCCAUUUUAGUGUCUCCUCCACUUGUGUCCCUUGAUUUGCCUGAAAAUUGGAUCCCUUACUCUGAUCCCCCACUUCCUGUUUCCUUUGAGACUAAACAGGAGACUGUGGUAAUAGAUGGUAAAGUUAUCGCCGAGGAAAUCAGAGCAAAGAUUAUUGAUGAAGUGGGGAAGAUGAAAAUGACUGUUGGAAAAGUCCCUGGUCUUGCGGUUGUUUUGGUUGGCCAACAAAGAGACUCGCAAACUUAUGUUCGCAACAAAAUUAAAGCUUGUGAAGAAACGGGCAUUAAAUCUGUUCUAGCUGAAUUACCAGAGAAUUGUAGUGAAGCAAAAAUUCUCAGUAUCUUGAAAAAGUUUAAUGAAGACCCGUCUAUUCAUGGGGUUCUUGUGCAGCUUCCUUUGCCCCAACAUCUUGAUGAAUCAAAAAUCUUGAAUAUGGUGAGAUUGGAGAAAGAUGUUGAUGGAUUUCAUCCAUUAAACAUGGGAAAUCUUGCAAUGAGAGGGAGGGAACCGUUGUUUUUAUCUUGCACUCCUAAAGGUUGUGUGGAGUUGUUGAUAAGAGCAGGCGUUGAAAUAGGAGGAAAAAAUGCUGUGGUGAUAGGAAGAAGCAACAUCGUUGGACUACCAAUGUCUUUAUUAUUGCAGAGGCAUGACGCAACAGUAAGCACGGUGCAUGCGUUUACAAAGGAUCCAGAGCACAUUACUAGGAAGGCAGAUAUUGUGAUAGCAGCUGCAGGUAUACCUAAUUUAGUUCGUGGAAGUUGGCUUAAGCCUGGAGCAGUGGUCAUUGAUGUUGGAACAUGUCCGGUUGAGGAUAGUAGCUGUGAGUUUGGUUACCGUCUUGUUGGGGAUGUAUGUUACGAGGAAGCAUUAGGUGUCGCCUCAGCUAUCACUCCUGUACCUGGAGGAGUCGGGCCAAUGACGAUCGCCAUGCUACUAUGCAAUACUUUGGAUGCUGCUAAGCGGAUAGUCCUCUGAUUACGACCGCGGUUGAUCCUAUCUCAUCAGCAUCUUUUAGCAUCAAGUUCAACAAAACAACAGUUAACGCUAUUGUUGCUAUUGUUUCAUUGGCUUCUGACAAGAUGAGGAAACUAGUUUAGUUAUGAAUGUUAAUGGUAGUUGAAACAUUGGAAUAAUGUUGGUCCUACUAAGCUAAGCAGCUUUAGUAGGAGAGAAAAGUUGCGUAUCACAUCAAAGAAACAAGGAGAUGACUCAAGCAAGAGGUGUCACAUGAAGGAUCACGAAACAUAUGCUUCCUUCAAUGUUUGUUUACACGUCUUCUUAAGUUUUCACCUUCACAUAAUCGCAUUGUUUGCUUUAUCAGUUCGGUUUAAAUUCUGUUUUUCCGGUUUCAUCACUUUUGUAAAAGUCGAAACCAGAUAGAGUCACUUUGGUUAAGUUCAGAUUUUUGAUUCCUA